GCCAGACGCCUAAAAGCUCGGCUUGGUGGAUGUGUGAAUGGAGCAAGUUUAAAAACCGGUCAGUAGAGAGAUUGCUUAUAAGAAUAAUAGAUGGUAAUACCACACAAGCAGCAGUGCAGUGCUGGCAAAGAACAGCAGAACGACAUCGUUGUAGUGACAAGAGUGAAGACUCUUAGGGAGCCUUGACCAGAAGGAGCUUUGGAGCACCAGGAACCUACCUGUGGAUCUGUUCUGGGAAUGCCAGGAGCCUAACAGUACACACUCCAAGGAGUACCAGGGAUCUGCAUGUGGAUAUACUGAGAGUUAUAAGGGAGCCUGACACAAGCUGGAGUAUCAAUUCUGUGGACUGUCAGAGACUAACACAAUUGUUUGGAAGAAUUUAAACUGAACUCUACAACAUCCAUAAUGCCAGAAGAAAAAGGAGCAAGACUGACCCCACAAGGCAUUUCAUAUGAUACAGUCCCUCACAUUGUUAAUGCAGAUGGUCAGUACUUAUUUUGUAGAACAUGGGAACCAGCUACUGAACCAAAGGCUCUUGUAUUUAUAGCUCAUGGUGCAGGUGAACACUGUGGCCGAUAUAAUGACUUAGCUCAAAUGCUGGUAGAACAUUCUUUGUUGGCAUUUGCACAUGACCAUGUUGGUCAUGGACAGAGUGAAGGAGUUCGGAUGGCAGUUUCAGAUUUCCACAUCUUCGUAAGAGACUGUUUACAACACAUUGACCAGAUGGUGAAAAUUCACCCCAACCUGCCAGUGUUUUUGUUGGGCCAUUCAAUGGGUGGAGCUAUCGCUAUUUUAACUGCAUGUGAAAGGCCUACUGAAUUUGCUGGAGUGAUGCUGAUAGCACCAAUGGUCGUAAUGAAUCCAGAGGCAGCAAGCCCAUUUAAGGUGUGCCUUGCUAAAAUCCUUAACCGUGUGCUUCCAAAUUUGUCAAUGGGAUCGAUUCAGUCAACGUGGAUAUCAAGGGAUGAAAAAGAAGUUGAAAAUUAUGAUAAAGACCCACUAGUUUGCCAUGAUGGCAUGAAAGUUUCCUUUGGCAUCCAGUUACUAAAUGCAGUCUCCUGGAUUGAACAAGCACUUCCAGACAUUGCAUGGCCUUUCCUGGUAAUGCAUGGUGAUGCUGACAAAUUGUGUGACAUAAGGGGGUCACAUUUAAUGUAUGAGAAGGCACAAAGUCGUGACAAGACAUUAAAGAUCUAUGAAGGUGCCUAUCAUGCUCUCCACAAAGAUCUUCCAGAAAUUAUUAAUGCUGUGUUCAAGGAAAUUGGAAGCUGGAUCAUGCAACGUAUACCAAAAGAACAAGAGAAGUCAUCUCCUUAAGAGUUCUGUUUUUCAUUUGGUUGAUGGCUAAAUCAAUGUUUACAACACACAUUUUAUUGCUACGUUUUAAAUUUAAAAAGUUCUUAUAUAAAUAUAUAUAUGUAUGUAUGAUAUAUAUAUGUAUAGAGAGAGAGAUGUUUUUAGUAUUUCAGAAAAUUUGAUUCACUUGUAUGCAAAAUGUAUAUACAGUCUUGGGCAGAGAGAAUAUUUACAACUGGUUUUCAUUUAAAGAUUUUCUUAAUAUUGAAUAACAACUGAUUAUAUAAAUAUAUACAUAUAUAAAUAAAUCACAGAUCUGUUACUUUAUUUUUAAUUGAUUUUUUGAUGAAAAACUUCAUAUAUACUAGAAGCUUUAUACGGUACUUUCUAGAAGAUCUCUUCAGAACUGUAUGCUAUGAAAGGAAACUAUAUUAGAAGUACAUUUGUGACAAGCUUUUCAAGUCAUUGUGCUUUUAUGCUUGACAUUCACCAUCAAGAUCACAUACACCAUUUGAAUAAACUUGUUUCUUUUA